AUGGUUGAAGCGGCUUCCUGCGCACAAUACGGAUAUAAUUACUUCGAGAAGAAGCAGCUGCCUAUGUUUCCCGCUAUGGUCAUGGCGUUCCAUGCUCAGCCGAUUAUUGAUCUUGCAAUGGAGGCUGAGCCGGUCAAUAUCCAUUGGGACAAAAGAAGCUACGAGCACAUCCACGAUAUUGCGAGGAGGCAAAUCAUGUCAUAUGUUGGAAUAGAAGUGAAGGACAAGCCGUACAAUUUCAUACUCGAGAUUACGCAUAGUGGCCUAGGGCUUGGCUACAACCGGGAAACAGAUGAGGCGAAGAAUCCUCUCAACGGCAAGCUGAUUAGAGACGAAAAGGUCAAGUUCGAGAGCCGAGUUGAUCGAGUCUUGAUAGAUGUUGCAUUGGAGCUGCGGGAAAAGAACUCCGAGCUACUCUUCAGCUCGUGCACAAGGCUGCCUGACUACAUCAUAGACCAUAAAAACUACAAGGCAAACUGGCAAACGUCACGACUAGAAGCAUGGAAAGAUGCCGAUACAGACGAAAACGGAAUCUCGGCGGCCUUACGAGCUAUCCAUGGCGGCCUAUAUCCCCGAUCUGAUAUUGUAGUUGCCGAUGAUCCCCUCGCUGAAAUUGCCGCACGGUCUUGGAUCGAUCAAGAGUUUGGGUUGGAUCGACGCGAACUCCUCAACGGUGUCUCCUAUUACGACUGGCUGGAGAAAUCUCGUGGGCGUAAAACCUUUGCUACCGAAUAUCGGAAGAGAAUGAUCGAGUCCGUGAAGAAGCUUAAUGCAAGUUUCAAGGCAAACACAUACGGAGAAGCUUUUCCCAACAUGGUCUCGAAUCCAACAUGCCCCAAUAUUCCCGAAGGUCCACGCAUCACAAAUGAAAGAAUCAACCAAUGGUUGGCAGCGAUGAAGGAUUUGACAUAUACCAUGGACACGCAAAAUGUCGUCUCGAACUCUAGCAUUGGGGAAGAAGGGAAUAUGAGGGACGAAUGUAGUAUGAUAGACGGUCAAGACGAGCAGACUCGGUUCGCGAUUCAGAUCGAGGGCAAAAUGGGCCUUGUGUUCGAUUUCCCUGGUGAUGCAGACCGCGCAUUGUCCAAGCUGCGCGAGCAAGGAUUCUCUGGCGGCGCCGACGCUACCGUAGCCCAAGAGACCCUCGCUGCCAUCACGAUAGGUGCCGCUACAUUCAGAUUCAUCAGCAAGAGCACAUUCAUUGAACCAAUCUUCUCGAUGAGCGAAAAAGCAGCAUACGAAGGCGAUGAUGUGCUUCUCAAGAAAAUCAUUGCUGACGCUAGGGACAUUGAAAGAAUGCCUCCACUUAUGGCGACCGAGCUGGGACUCGCAUGCGAGCAGGGCCAUCUCGCGGUGAUCGACCUGCUGCUGAGUCACAUGCCGAACAUCAAUAUAGCAGGCCGAAAUGGUCUUCCGCUGGCUUUGGCUUGUGCCAAAGGACGCGAAGAUGUUGUCCGAAAGCUCUUGGAUCAUGGUGGCGAUGUCAACUUUGCCAUACAACUACAUGAAAAACCUCUGAGUGCGGCUUGUAGAAGCGGCCACAAAGGUAUCGUCGAGCUUCUACUCAGGAAAGGAGCUGAUUCAACGGAUCGAUCACUAUUUAACCCGAUGGCUCAAGCGGCGAGUAACGGCCAUACGGAUAUCGUCAAAAUACUACUUUAUCACGAAAAACGACGUUUAAUGCCGCGCUCCGUGGCAGAGUCCACCAAGUAUGCACUUCAUAAUGCGUGUCUAUACGGCGAAAGUAGCACUGUCAAGCUGCUUCUUCAAGAAGGCGCGGACAUCAACCUCCAAGGUGGUCACGAGGGUAGCCCCCUCCAUGCGGCAUGUUCUCAGGGUCACAUGAAAACCAUCUACAUUCUACUCGAGAACAAGGCCACUAUUGAUCUCGUGAGAAACGGUGAGACCGCAUUAGAAGACAAGGAAUACGGAAGUGGCCUUGCUACUACUACGGACGUGGCGUCCGGCACAGCCUAG